AUGCGAAUUGUCCGCAUUCAGUUCCUUCUCCCCAGCGAAGCUGACGCGCUGAUCGAACUGCAAGUGACCGUUGCCUCACUUGUUUUGGCCGUCAUUGUGUUCGUGUGCAUGCGGUACAUUAGGUGCCUAUGGACUUCCCACACACCAAAGGCAAGUGCGGCGCCAUCAGUUGAGGAAGGGAACGCUGACGAUAACGGUAAUGGCAUAGGCCUGUUGAUGUUGUUCCCGCGACUCCCACCGCUCCAUGAGGUGACCACCACAUUGGAACGGCGCUUGCCGGCGAUACUUCAGCCGAAACUAGGAGGGGAAGGGGGAACUAUCGGGCCGGUGUUUUUUCGGGAGCACAUCGUCAUGCGCGAAAUGUUUCAAAAUCAGUCUUACCGGGCUUCCUCACCGCGCUCAACCCAGUCGUCGCACCGUGGUGAACAAAGUCCUUUAUCACGGAGGGAGCCGUCGCGAACCGUCUCCGUACCUUCCGCAGUGUCCGAAUCCUUUGCGAGGCUACCGAUGUCGAGAAACGCGUCACCCACCGUUCAGGAAGAUGGCCGCAACUCGUCACGAAAGAGGGUCGGACAGAGGAAUGCAGACACUGCAGAAGCUACCACAGUAGUUGAUGCACCAGCAGUUAGGCGCGAUGACAAUCGAAGAAUUUUUGGCAGUUUGGGUCGUGUGCCCGUGAAGUGUAGCGACGUUGCUCCAACGCAAGACACGGUCCGUAACGGAAGCGACUGGAAGUGGUUGGCGCAGCAGAAGGCAGCCCAGUUGAUGAAUGCUCCGUCCACACUGUCUGUCGUCCAUGGAGUGUGCGACGUACGAUACAUAAAGGUUUACGACAGUGGGGAUGAGGGACAAAGCGGGGGCGACGGAAACCACCGCGGUGGGAUUCUACUUCGUGUCCGUUCCCGCGCAAUCACUGCUUCGGUGUUGCUGCAGUUGGUAGUGAAAUGCGGUCUUAUACAGUAUACAACAACAUCCCCCCCUGUUUUCAGCAGCAACAUCAAUAAUAAUGGCAGCGACUCUAGCAAUUAUAAUGAGCCUAGCACUGCAAUGAGGAGUAAAGAUGAUAGCCAUGAAUGUACUGACCACGUAGGUGAGGAGGACACCGACCCGCGCAAGCACGAGCACACAAGUGCAUGCGUUUUCUUGUUUGAUUCGCACACGCUGACUGGAAGGCUACUCCGGGGUCUGUUCGGCUUUACUGCCGUUGUGUUGCAUGCACUUCACACCGUCAUUGCAUUACUCAUUAAGUAUGUUGCCCGAGGUAGUGGUGAGGACAUCAAUAGUGACAGCGCCGGUGGGCAAGUGAGGUUAUUCAUUUCACCUUUCUGCUCUAAAAUCCUGCUUCAAAGCGCUGCAGACUGUAUGAACGAAUGGAUUGAGCUUCGUGCCGCGGGGAGUCCUGAAGUUUGUGUGAGCGAUAUUGCCAUUGCUCUGCUUUUAGGAGCUAUGCGGCGGCAGAGAGUUAAGCAUCGUAGGAGGCUUACCCUGCGUCAGAAGGCCGUCCUGACAGGAAAUAGGGGCGCACUACCUGAGGCACUAAGUCGGACACUUCUGCGUUGUUGCAGGUUUCUGGAACGUUGUUGUGCCAUAAGUUGCUACCUCGCGGGUAGUCCGCGGUUAGCUGACGAGCGUAUCAGGCACCCCCUGCAUCCAAGACCACAUGAAAGAGUGGCGGAAACAAUGUUUACAGCGGUUGUUGAGGUGGAAGCAAUGUCUCUCUCAGAGUACGGCGACACUAACCCGCCCAACCCCAAGGAUUGGGUGGAGCGUGUCCUUAAGUGCACAGAGUGCCGCUUGCUCACGGCAGGCACCUGCAGGCAACCGCUGCGCACUUCAAUGGACAUCGUGACAUACUCGGGUAUGAGGGAUAGAGCCACUUCAUGUCAUUUUUGCUGCGAACAAAUGGAAGCGCUUUACUGUAUUGAACCGCUGUACCAUUUUCCAGCGUGCUUGCCAGUGGUGGAGUCAUCCCCUCCCGUGCAGUGUCAUGCCAUUACGGAAUGUGGCGACGCCUUGUACCAGACUGUGUGGCUCCCCGUGAAGGAGUGUCCCGGAGACGAGUUUCUAGAAGAUCUUGCCGAAGAGCUGUUGGUCAUGACCAAAAAUAUCCUCAAAAUGUGUACAGACGAUGUUCUGGAAGUAUUGCGUUUAACGCACGGCAGAUGA